AUGAGUUAUGUUGUGAAGCUUCGUGGACUACCAUGGUCGGCGACCAGGGAAGACGUUGUCCUGUUUCUGAAUGUCGGCGACAACAUUAAAGUUCAUUUUAUGCUCGAUCAUCUCGGCAGACCAUCUGGCGAAGCCUAUGUCGAACUUGAAAACGAAGAAUCUCUUCAACUGUCCCUGCAGAAACAUCUGAAUUACAUGGAUAGACGAUACAUCGAAGUAUAUGCCAGCAGCAAGGAGAGCAUUCCGUUUAAUGCGUCAGCAGAUGCUACGUCAGAAAACAAUAAUGAUGCGGUGGUGCGUCUGCAGGGUUUGCCUUUUGCCGCCACAGAUUUGGACAUCGCUAACUUUUUCGAAGGUACAUUGAAGUUUUUGCGUCCAGUCAGGAACAGAUGGACAGUUUUCUGCAAUCGACAAGACAUAUUGGACAGUUCAGGGGUAAUUUUGAACGUGGGCGAUUUUCACCCCAAGGACGAUUCGACGACCGAAUGGGGCGGCCGUUAUAUCCUGAUGAUUACGCAACUGGCCCAACUGCUAACAGUUUCGGUAUGUUAUGUGCAUACGUUUUUCACUUGGGUGAACCGUUUGAUUUUCAGAAUCGAAGAGGAAAGCCGUGCCUCCGCCACCAUUUUCGACAAUCACUCGAACUUUGUGCACGCUGCGCCGAUUAAUUCGUUAAAAACAUUUCGUUGCUGA